UCUUUCUUUUUUUAAAAAAACAUUUUCUCUCUUUCAGGGAGUAAGUGGGAAAUAUAUUCUCCUUUCCUGGGUUGUCCCCACAAGUGCAAUGUGCAAACUUCUAAGGUCUUCAGUGCUGAUUGGGCUGAUGGCAUUGAUACUUUCAGCAGGGCAUUGUAAAGAAAAAUCAGAAUCUAGUGUUGGGUUGAAGGAAAGACAAAACCUCUUAAAUCUGAUAAUGGAGAUCAUUCAAGAACUGAAAAGAUACCAUCUAGAAGAGGAGGAAGAGAAUGGAGUGCAGUACAAACAAGACUACCCACCUCUUGAUCAAAGAGAAGUGCCUGACUAUGGAACUUACUCAGAAGAACAGAAAAUUGAAAUAUUUCCUAGAGACCUAAGAAUGAAAGACAAAUUUUUAAAUCAUUUAACAGGUCACCUUUAUUUUAGCCCAAAAUGCACUAAACACUUUCACAGACUUUAUCACCAUACAAGAGAUUGUACCAUACCUGCAUAUUAUAAAAGAUGCGCCAGGCUCCUUACUCGCUUGGCAGUAAGUCCAAUGUGCACCGAAGGAUAAGAUGCUACUAUUAUCAAAGGAAACAUAUAUAAAAGAACCAAGAGAAGUGCCUUGGAAACUGACAGGGAAAUUGAACUUAGCAUUUUUGUAAUAUAUGGCAUUAUGAACCAGAGAUUUAUUUUUGGAAAUUGAUGGACUACUUCUCAUAAAUCUUUAAAAAUGUGUUUUGUAUCCCAUCAUCGCUGUUUACAGAUGCAUUCUUUAUAGUGAAAAACUACCAAAAUGUUAAUUACUUGUUCAUGUUUUACGCUUUAAAGUUGCUCUACAACAGUUGUGUUGUACUGUCAAAAAAAGUAACAAGUAACAUCUUUUCAAGUAUAGACAUGUUUCCCUUAAGAGACAUUACAGUCCACUGUCAAGGAAACCUGCCUUUAGAGGAAGCAUCAGUUUAUAUCUUUCUUGCUUAUAAAACUGAAAAUGUUACAUUACAAACUUUUCAUAGAGCUGUUACAGUGGUGGUCUACUAGACAGCAUGCCAUAGGCAAGGGAUGAACAUGUUUUAGGUUGGAUUCUGCACCCACUCUAAAGUCACUUGUUUCCUGUAUAAUAGAAAUAUACAUUCCAGCUAAAUGUGCAAUAUGUACAUAUUGUAAAUUCACAAAUAUAAU